AUGAAUCCGUCCAAGCCUGACGACGCCGCACCGCCAGGUCCCGCCGCGCCGGCCGGCGCAAUGCCGUCCCCGUCCCCCAACCCCGCGCGCUCGCCAGGCGCCCAGCGGCGACGGUCGCAGCCUCCGCCAUCCGCGGGCCAGAGGCAGGCGGAGGAUUCCGCCAGCGCUGCUCGCCCGACGAGCGGCGGCUCGGGGAACGUCGGCGCCCGCAACGUUAAGAGGCCGUCCAGCAGCAGCGGGGCUGUCGGCGGCAGGUGCGGUGCCAAUUCUCAGGCGCGUCCUUUCCCUUCCCCUUUCUCCCCUACUUCCUCCCCCUUCCCUUUACCCCCUUCCCUCUCCCCCUCCCUCUUCCCUCCCCCCUUUCCUCGCACACUCCGCGCGCCAUUCACCCCCCCCCGGUGGUGGGGCAGCAGCAAGGAGCGCACGGUGCGGCGGCUGCGGCUGUCCAAGGCGCUGAUCAUGGCGGACAGCACGGCCGUGGCGGAGGCCGCCAGGCGCAUGGCGGCAAGGCGCGUGGACGCGUGCCUGCUGACGGACAGCAACGGACUAUUGUGCGGGAUCAUGUCCGACCGGGACAUUGCCUUGCGGUGCGUGGGCGAAGGCCGGCGCGUGGACUCCACGCCAUGCCACGUCAUCAUGACACGUCAGCCGCAGUUUGUGCGCAUCAGCUCGUCCGCCAUGGACGCCCUCAACAAGAUGAUGCGCGGUGCGUGCUGGGGGGGGGGGGAGGAGGGGGAGAAGGGGGUGAUAGGGGGGGGGAGGAAGGGAAAGGGGGAGGGAAAGGGGGAGGGAAGGGUGGAGGGAAAUCCGGAGGGAAGGGGGAGAGGGGGAAUGGAGGGGGAGAGAAGGAGAGAGGGAGAGAUCGGAGAGGGGGAGAUUGGAGAGGGGGUGAGGAAGGGGAAGAGCGAGAGGGAAAGCGGAGUGGUGGAAGGGAGGGGGGGGAGGGAAAAGGGAGAGAGGCAGGGGAGGGGAAGAGGAUGGUUGGAGGAGGAUGGGGAUAUGAAUUCUCAUAGGAUUGCCAGACAGGAUCUUGGAUCACCCUCUCCUCACUCUAUUUCCCCCCCUUUCCUCCCUCGCUCGCCCCUUCUUCCCCCACCUCCCCCGCCCCUUCUCCCCCCGCCUCUUUUUCCCCUCGUCCCCCUCCCCCCGCAUUUCCCGCCUUUCUCCAGCCAACGCCCUCGCAACCACAAGCAUCCUCUCUCUUGCCCGCACACCCAGCUCCAUCCUCCCACAACCCUCCCGUCGCAAACCCCUCCCAUGCAAAUUCCCUCCCUCCCUCCCUCCCUCCCUCCCUCCCUCUUCGUUCCACCCCACACCCAUACACCAGGUGGGUUUCGGCACCUGCCAGUGGUUUCGCGCGGCGAGGUGGUGGCCAUGCUGGACGUCACACGCUGCCUGCACGACGCCAUAGCCCGCUCGCACCUCCUCACCGACUCCGCCCUGCACGGCCAUGCAAUCGCUGCCGCUGCCGCUGCUGCUGCCGCGGCUGCUGCUGACGAUGGAAAGAGGGAGCCUGGAGUGCCGAGCAGUGCUGCCCGCUCGCACCUCCUCACCGACUUCGCCCUGCACGGCCACGCCCUCGCUGCUGCUGCUGCUGCUGCUGCUGCUGCUGCUGCUGCUGCUGCUGCUGCUGCUGCUGCUGCUGCUGCUGCUGCUGCUGCUGCUGCUGCUGCUGCUGCUGCUGCUGCUGCUGCUGCUGCUGCUGCUGCUGCUGCUGCUGCUGCUGCUGCUGCUGCUGCUGCUGCUGCUGCUGCUGCUGCUGCUGCUGCUGCUGCUGCUGCUGCUUCUGCUGCUGCUGCUUCUGCUGCUGCUUCUGCUGCUGCUUCUGCUGCUGCUUCUGCUGCUGCUGCUGCUGCUGCUGCUGCUGCUGCUGCUGCUGCUGCUGCUGCUGCUGCUGCUGCUGCUGCUGCUGCUGCUGCUGCUGCUGCUGCUGCUGCUGCUGCUGCUGCUGCUGCUGCUGCUGCUGCUGCUGCUGCUGCGGCUGCUGCUGCAGCUGCUGCUGAGGAUGGAAAGAGGAAUUCGGGAGUAGCAAGCAGUGGUGAUGGGUGGUUGGGUGGGUGGUUGGUGGAGGAGAAGUCGCUGGGUGGUUGGUUGAGGGAGCGAGCAGGACAUACUUUUGAGGCGCCUCAAGAGAAGUCGCUGGGUGGUUGGUUGAGGGAGCGAGCAGGACAUACUUUUGAGGCGCCUCAAGAGAAGUCGCUGGGUGGUUGGUUGAGGGAGCGAGCAGGACAUACUUUUGAGGCGCCUCAAGAGAAGUCGCUGGGUGGUUGGUUAAGGGAGCGAGCAGGACAUACUUUUGAGGCGCCUCAAGAGAAGUCGCUGGGUGGUUGGUUGAGGGAGCGAGCAGGACAUACUUUUGAGGCGCCUCAAGAGAAGUCGCUGGGUGGUUGGUUGAGGGAGCGAGCAGGACAUACUUUUGAGGCGCCUCAAGAGAGGUCGCUGGGUGGUUGGUUGAGGGAGCGAGCAGGACAUACUUUUGAGGCGCCUCAAGAGAAGUCGCUGGGUGGUUGGUUGAGGGAGCGAGCAGGACAUACUUUUGAGGCGCCUCAAGAGAAGUCGCUGGGUGGUUGGUUGAGGGAGCAAGCAGGACAUACUUUUGAGGCGCCUCAAGAGAAGUCGCUGGGUGGUUGGUUGAGGGAGCGAGCAGGACAUAAUUUUGAGGCGCCUCAAGAGAAGUCGCUGGGAGGUUGGUUGAGGGAGCGAGCAGGACAUACUUUUGAGGCGCCUCAAGAGAAGUCGCUGGGUGGUUGGUUGAGGGAGCGAGCAGGACAUACUUUUGAGGCGCCUCAAGAGAAGUCGCUGGGUGGUUGGUUGAGGGAGCAAGCAGGACAUACUUUUGAGGCGCCUCAAGAGAAGUCGUUGGGUGGUUGGUUGAGGGAGCGAGCAGGACAUAAUUUUGAGGCGCCUCAAGAGAAGUCGCUGGGUGGUUGGUUGAGGGAGCGAGCAGGACAUACUUUUGAGGCGCCUCAAGAGAAGUCGCUGGGUGGUUGGUUGAGGGAGCAAGCAGGACAUACUUUUGAGGCGCCUCAAGAGAAGUCGCUGGGUGGUUGGUUGAGGGAGCGAGCAGGACAUACUUUUGAGGCGCCUCAAGAGAAGUCGCUGGGUGGGUUCCUGGGGUCGCUGCGAGAUAAGAUUGCUCGACCCACCCUUGCUAAUCUCAUUGGAGAUGAAACCAGGUGGGAUGCUGCUGCUCACCAUGCUGCUGCUCACCAUGCUGCUGCUCACCGUGCUGCUGCUCACCGUGCUGCUGCUCACCGUGCUGCUGCUCACCGUGCUGCUGCUCACCGUGCUGCCGCUCACCGUGCUGCCGCUCACCAUGCUGCCGCUCACCAUGCUGCCUGUCAUCUUUCUCUCCACAUCACCACACUCUUGGACCCCAACGCCACAGUGGCUGCAGCAGCCGCCACCAUGCAGAGCCGAGGCGUCACCGCUGUCAUUGUCGUGCCCUCGUCCCACACACACGCUCACGCCCAUCACGCCGCCGCCGCCAGUACCACCAAUACCGCCUCCACCACCGUUGCUGCCAAUGUUGCGUCAGGCAACGCAGCAGCAGCAGCGGCGGCGGGUCGAGGAGGCGGGGGUCACAGCCGCACCAGCAGGCCCAUGGGUAUCCUCACGUCAAAGGACAUUCUGCUGCGAGUGCUCGUGACAGGGCUGGACCCAAACAUCGUGCAGGUCAAGAAGGCCAUGACAGCGAGUCCCGAGUGUGCGAGUCUGAACAUGCCAGUGGUGGAGGCGCUUCAUCUCAUGCAUGAUGGCCGCUUCCUGCACCUCCCUGUCGUUGAUAAAGCUUCUCUCAAUCUCCUCCCACUCUUCAUCUCCCCUUCUUUAUCGUCAUCGGUUUAUGAUUCCUCCCUUCCCACUCCCCUGCCCCCACCUUCCCUCCUUGCUUUGCACUCCCGGCCCGCAUCUUCCGUACGUGGACAUGUGUGUGUGCGGGCACAUGUGUUUCUGGUGUGUGCGAGCACUGGCGCUGUCUCUCGUGAGGGUGCGUGCGUGGCACUGGAGCAUCAUGAUCAGACGGCAACUGUGUGGCAUGUGUGGACGUCAUCCAUCUCAUCCAUGAGGCACUCUCCAUGCCAGCGUCCCAUUCUAUCCGAAUUCCCAUUCCAUCCGCGCUCCCAUCUCCAUCGCCAUCAGCAGCAGUGUGCGGCAUCAGGGGAGGGCAACAACAGCAGCAGCGGUGGCGGUGCCGGUGCUGGCGGCGGCGGCGGCGGUGGGAGCAACGAGGCGUUUGGAGCGCUCAUGCAGCGAUUCUGGGACUCCGCCCUGCGCCUAGACCCUUCCACUGGCGAUGAUGCCUCCAGCAGUGUGCGCAGCAUAGACUUCUGGGAUGCAUCUCGCGCUGCCUCCGUCUCCUCCAUGCCCACCUCCCGCCCCGCUCGCCCUCCUUCCCUCCUUGCCACCACACCUCCUGCACCUGCAGCAGCCGCAGCAGCAGGGGCAGCAGCAGCAGGGGCAGCAGCAGCAGCAGGGGCAGCAGCAGCAGCAGGGGCUGGAGGAAGAAAGAUAGAUGCAGGGCUGGGCAAGUGCACACCACCAGGAGCAACAGCAGCCUCUCAUGCGGACCCCACAGCCCCAACCAGUAGCACCAUCCCCACUGCUGCAUCCACUCCCUCUGCUCCCUCUGCUCCCUCUGCUCACUCUGUUCACUCUACUCAUUCUGCUUCCUCUGCAGCAGUUGUCACACCACCACGCACCGCCCUUGCCUCUCCCCUCCCCUCCCUCCCCCCUCCCCAUCCCCCCUCCAUCCCCUCACGGCCCCUCUCUGAUAUUACCGAGGGGAAGGUGGUAUCCGGGACAGGUGGCGUCACGGGUGUGGGGGGUGGUGCAGGCGGGGAGGGAGGGGUGGGGUACGGUGGAGGGGGGUUGGUGGCGGGAGGGCUGGGUGACAUGCGGUUUGCGUUCAAGAUGGAGGACAGGCGGGGGCGCGUGCACCGAUUCACUGCUGGUCAGUCGAGGGGCUCUGGGGAACCCAUCUUUCUGUCACCUCUUCUAUUAACCUUUCUCCCCUCUUAUCUACAUCCCUCCCCGACACCCCCCGCCCUUCCCACGACCUCCUCUCCCUUGCCCACGUCUCUGCACCACAUGGCACUGCGUGUGGGGUGGGGGGGAGCAGGGCGGGAGAGUGUGACGGAGCUCAUCUGUGCAGUGGCGUCCCGCCUGGGACCUGACUAUGACCCCAACAACCCGCCUGCUGUCAUGGUGUGCACCUGCACUCCCUCCCACCAUGCCUUCCUGCAUACCUCAUAA